UUAGAAAUUUCCAACACUACCGGCUUCACGAACGGUCGGCAAUACAAUUUAAUUCCACUUUUCCCCAAACCCACCAUCACCCCUCUGAAGCACAUUGAGUGCAAUUUUUUUCUUUCAUACUGUUUUCACUAGUCUUAUCACGUGACCCGGUUACGUCUUUGCCCCUACUGCGGCUACGACCAAUUGUGAUAUAAAACAAUUUAUCUAUCUUUACUCGCUCGCCGCUCCUGCACGCUGUCCAUAUCCCGUGAAACCGACACCCUACGACGGAUUUGGUCGCUCAUCGAUUUUCGAGAUAUUCUCCGUAGCUCGUAACAGCAUUUCGAUCAAUCCAAAUGGCUCCUCCUUCGUACAGUGAUCUGGGAAAAGCCGCUCGCGAUGUAUUCAACAAUGGAUACGUGUUCGACGUGCUCAAGUUGGACCUGAAAACAAACCAAAACGUGGAAAUCAAGGCUGGCGGUACCCAGCAUUUCACUUCGGGCGCCGUAAAUGCCAAUUUGGAGACCAAAUACGUCAUCAAUAAAAAUAAAUACUUGUUCAAUUUUGUUGAGAAAUGGAACACCAAUGAUGUUAUGACAACUGAAGCCUCAGUUAGUGGUUUAUUACCUGGUGUCAAAGUCAUUGCUGACGGAACAUUUGACCGCAAAAAGCAAACCAAGACUGUAAAAGUAAAGGCUGAAUACAAAAAUGAUUAUAUCUCAGUUAACUUGGACAAUGAGUUCAAAGCCUUAAAACCUAUUAUCAAUGCUUCUGCUGUAGUCGCUUACAAUGGUUGGUUGGGAGGCUUCAAUGUUAAAUACAAUACUGAUUCUCAAACUUUACAAUCCAACAACCUUGCUCUCAGCUAUGUAGCUAAGCAAUUUGUAUUCACUACAGCUGUAAACGAUAACACAGUGUUCGGAGGCUCAGUCUUUCAAAAGUUAUCUGAUCAAUUAGAUUUGGGUUUGCAAGUGUCUUGGUCAAGUGAAAGCAAUGAUUCAUCACUUGCCAUUGGUACUCAGUACCAACUAAACAAUGAUGUCAAGUUGCGUGCUAAGAUCAAUAAUAAAAGCCAAUUGUGUUUGGGCUCAGGCAUUAAAGUCAAAGAUGGUGUCACAUUGACAUUGGCCAGCUUAUUUGAAUGUCGUCAAUUCAACCAGGGUGGUCAUAAAUUUGGUAUUGGCUUGGAACUUGCCUUAUAAGUUUAUGUUCAUGCCACUGCUUCUUGAAUGUCACGUAGACAAAACUUAUUGUCAGCAAUCGUAGGAUUAUAAAACAAUCAUAAGUAUUUUUAUUAUAAUAAAGAAAUAAAAAGCAGUGUAAUUAACAUCA